GACAGCAUUCGGUUGGUGUCUAUUUAACGCUAUUAAAAAGUAAGAUCAUAAACAGUUUCCAUGGCGACGAUGAUGAGUAUUGUUUAUAAAUUAAAAUUGUAUAAAUAAUGAACGCGCAUGCACAAAAUUUAAUAACUUUCAGUGUUGUUGUCAGUCGGUGUCCGCAGCUGUCCGUAUACACAGUGCCGAAAAGUGACAUAACAUAGGAAGAGACUGCAGCAGCUUGUGGUGAGCGCAAAAAGGGGGAAAAGUGCUGCAAUUUACCAAAACCAAAAAAGAAUACCAUGCUCACAUAGUCCUGAUCGAUUGCCAAAAGGACACAGAGCAUCCACCAUCUAACAUCUCGAUGGUGUUCAGUUAAUAUUCAUCGACAACGAAGCAACCAAGAACGUCGUCACCAUCACAAUCACAGUCAGAUUUUGUAAAUCAUGUCGAAGGGUAUGUUGAAUCUGAGGCAAAGGAAACACGAGAAGGCCUACCAGGAGAACCUAAAUGGCAACAGCCAGAAAGAAAAGUAUAAAACGUAUUCCCCGCUGCAGGCCAGCCAUUUUUUCUCGCUGUUGGGAUUAAUAAUAAUUGUGUUUGCCGCUGUGAUCGUCAUUGAAAAGCAGUUGCCCAUCGGUUUAAAAAUAGAGAACGAGCAUCGUCAUCCGAACAGGUUCAUCGCCGAGAGGUCCUACAAUUAUUUGAAGAAGAUCACAUCUCUUGGGCCAAGAAUCGCUGGCAGCCAUGCGAACGAGGUGCUUGCUGUCAAUCUCCUCAGAGAUGAGAUCGAAGGAAUCAUGAAGGAGGCUCAACCGAACAACGUGUUAGAGCUAGACGUGCAGAAAGUCAGCGGGGAUUUCGCUUUGAAAUUUCUGGAUGGAAUGACUAAUGUUUAUAGGAAUCUUCAGAAUGUCGUUGUUAAAGUCGGAUCGCAUAUAAGAUCGAAUCACAGUUUGCUGAUUAAUUGCCAUUACGAUACUGUUGUCGACAGUCCAGGUGCCAGCGAUGAUGGUGCAGGUUGCGCUGUGAUGUUAGAAAUGCUUAGAGUGAUUUCGAAAUCUGACAAGAUUCUGCGACACAACAUAAUCUUCCUUUUUAACGGAGGCGAAGAAAAUUUUUUACCAGCUUCGCAUGGCUUCAUAACGCAACACAAAUGGGCCAAGGAGGUGAGGGUGUUCAUUAAUUUAGAGGCGUGCGGAGCCGGUGGACGGGAAGUUCUAUUCCAGGCCGGUCCACAUCACCCUUGGAUCUUAGAAACAUACUCGGAAGAAGUGCCUUAUCCUUACGCAUCGUCGCUAGCGCAAGAAAUUUUUCAAAGUGGUGUCAUACCAGGUGAUACAGAUUACAGAAUUUUUAGAGACUUUGGUAAUAUAUCAGGAUUAGAUUUUGCUUGGUCUUCUAAUGGAUAUGUGUAUCAUACGAAAUAUGAUACUAUCGAGCAAAUACCUUUAGGAUCCCUCCAAAGGACGGGUGAUAAUAUCCUGGCAUUGGCCAGGGGGAUGGCGCAAGGUCAUCAGUUAUCGGACAUUGAUAGCCACAGGAACGGGAAUCUGGUGUUCUUUGAUUUUCUUGGCGCGUUUGUUAUCCGAUGGCCUAUGCUUGUAUCCGAUCUCGUGAACAUUUUGACUGUGAUACUAUCAAUCUACUCCAUUUAUACAAAUAUUAGAGAAACUAGCAAUGUCAUUGCUGCAAAGACAUACGUUUCGAAGCUGUGGAAGAACAUAGGUGCUGUGAUUGUUACUUGGCUGAUAGCUGUUGGAGUUUCAUUGGCCAUUGCUUUGUUAUUAAAUGCUUUAGGGAGGACUAUGAGCUGGUACGCUCGACCUCUUUGGGCUUUCUUUCUAUAUGUGAUACCUUCGUUGCUAGUCACAAUGGCAUUAUUAAUAAUGCACGCUAAAAAAUACCAUAAGGAUCUAGACGUGUGGCCUUGGGUGAUGUUUCAAUUAUAUUACGAUGCAUAUCAAUUAAUCUGGACUAUCGUACUUGCAAUUGGAAUCAUGGUGAGAGUUCGUUCCAGUUUUAUUGCUCUCUUGUGGGUAAUUUUUCCUUGCAUUGGGAAUUUAGUGAGAUCUAAACUAUUCAGGACAUGGAGAGAUGGACGAUGGCUAUUGCUACACAUAGCAGCAUUGGGAUUGCCCUUUGUGCAAUGUUUUUACUUAAUAAUAGGCGCUCUGUAUCUCUUCUUCCCAAUAAUGGGACGUGCCGGCGCUGGGAAUAAUUCGGAAUUGCUUAUAGCAGGCAUGGUUAGCUAUCUCUUCGUGUUGCUGUUCAGCUUUGCAAGUCCGAUAAUACUGCUCGUAAAAGACACAUACAGAAUACUGAAUUUAUUGUUCAGCUUAUUCCUUCUGUCUGUUGCUGUUUUACUGCUAACUCCACUGGGAUUCCCUUACGCCGGUGAAAAUGGAUCUUUGGCCCCUCAGAGGUUCAUGCUGACACAUACAAAACGUACCUUCCAUGAUUACUCUGGGGCUAUUGUGAAUGAAUCGACCGGUUAUUGGAUCAUCGAUAUGGACAUUAAUAGUCCUCACACAGUAGACAGAUACGUUCCGGAUAUGACGAAUGCAAUUCCUAUUGAUCAAGAUUGUGCUGAUCAUUUGUAUUGUGGAUUACCAUAUUUAGUGCCUGUAUUAAGCAUGAUCUGGAAGACUCAUUGGGUGCCUGGGCCUAAACCGGAACUGACUCAUCCAAUUAAUAUGAAGAUAGUGAGUAGGGAGAAGACUGCUAUCGGAGAAAAGCUGGAGUUUGUGAUAGAAGGUCCAUCGCAUAUUGGAGUCAUGUUCUCUUCCGCGAAAGGCGUUGAAUUGCAUGGGUGGGACUUGGAGAGCGAACCCCUUCUAGUUUCUAAUCCAUGGCAGGAUAGAGAUACCUAUUUCCUGUUUUACAAUUGUGGCGAGAAAAUCGUUCCUUUCAAUUUCACCCUGGAAUUUAAAGUUAAGAAAAAUCACGAUGGUCCCAUUCUGGACUUGGCAGUGACGUCUCAUUACUUAUUUGGACCAUCAAAGAGCACAUCGUCUUUUAAGAAUUUCGUGAAACAAUUCCCUCCGUGGACGGCCGUCUCUUAUUGGACUGCAACAUAUGAGUCAUGGAUUCUUUAAACAUAUUUAAUAUUCCGUAUGGAAAGCCCUCCAUGAGCUAUUAACGUAUCCCAUUGUUAUCCUUUAUUUCUCCCGCGUAGUUACGUAAGUGGUACGUAUGUCAAUAUUACACGUGAGCAAAUAAUUAGUAUGUCAGCUCUAAUUCGUGGUUCAUUUUGAGCAUCUGUAGUUUCACUCCUCUGUUAUAACAUGAAUAAUUUCGCUGGCAUUUAUUAAAGUUAUUAACACGAUUUCAAUGGACUGUUACCAUCAGCCGAUCGUCAACAUUUACAUAAGUCAUACAUACACAUGUUAGAUAAGUCGGCGUUCCUACCAACUUAUUACUAAUUUCGCCGCGUCCAACUCUUAUUUCCGUAGCCUAGUUUCAAGUCUAUAAAAAAGUCAAAGUUUUGAAAUUGCUGUAAUUAAUUAAUUGAUACACGUAAACGGAAAACGAGGAAGUUUUUUUUUGCUCAAUAUAUAAUAUAGUUUUGCUAGUACAAAGUUCAAUCUUUUAGUGUUUAAUGAAUUUAUU